GAGCCCUGAGGCAACAGCGGCUGCGGCGGAAGCGACGGGCUGCGGCCUGCGGACUCACGGGCAGCCGGGGCGGGCGAACGCGCCGGCGGACAGCGGGCCGCGCUGGCGGCGGCGGUGGCCGCGAUGAUGGAGAUCCAGAUGGACGAGGGCGGCGGCGUGGUCGUGUACCAGGACGACUACUGCUCCGGCUCGGUGAUGUCGGAGCGGGUGUCGGGCCUGGCGGGCUCCAUCUACCGCGAGUUCGAGCGCCUCAUCCACUGCUACGACGAGGAGGUGGUCAAAGAGCUCAUGCCGCUCGUGGUCAACGUGCUCGAGAACCUGGACUCGGUGCUCAGCGAGAACCAGGAGCACGAGGUGGAGCUGGAGCUACUGCGCGAGGACAACGAGCAGCUGCUCACCCAGUACGAGCGGGAGAAGGCUCUGCGCAAGCAGGCCGAGGAGAAAUUCAUCGAGUUCGAAGAUGCCUUGGAGCAGGAGAAGAAGGAGCUCCAAGUCCAGGUGGAGCACUAUGAGUUUCAGACCCGCCAGCUGGAGCUAAAGGCCAAAAACUAUGCAGACCAGAUUUCCCGGCUGGAGGAGCGGGAGUCGGAGAUGAAGAAGGAGUACAACGCCCUGCACCAGCGGCACACGGAGAUGAUCCAGACCUACGUGGAGCACAUCGAGAGGUCCAAGAUGCAGCAGGUCGGGGGCAACAGCCAGACGGAGGGCAGCCUGCCUGGGCGGAGUCCUCGCCAGUCGUGGAGGAGAAGCAGGAAGGAGCGGCCCACUUCCCUGAAUGUCUUCCCCCUGGCGGACGGCAUGGUACGUGCCCAGACGGGGGGCAAGCUCGUGCCUGCGGGGGACCACUGGCACCUGAGCGACCUCGGCCAGCUGCAGCUCAGCACCAGCUACCAGUGUCCGCAGGAGGAGAUGUCCGAGUCGGGCCAGUCCUCGGCAGCUGCCACCCCCAGCACCACGGGCACCAAAUCCAACACGCCCACGUCGUCCGUGCCCUCAGCCGCCGUCACGCCGCUCAGCGAGGGCCUGCAGCCCCUGGGUGACUACGGCCCCGGCGCAAAGAACGGCAAGCGGGCGCGGGAGAAGCGCAACAGCCGCAACAUGGAGGUGCAGGUCACGCAGGAGAUGCGCAACGUCAGCAUAGGCAUGGGCAGCAGUGACGAGUGGUCCGACGUCCAGGACAUCAUCGACUCGACCCCAGAGCUGGACAUGGGGCGGGAGCCCCGCCUGGACCGCACAGGCAACAGCCCGACCCAGGGGAUCGUGAACAAGGCUUUCGGCAUCAACACGGACUCCCUCUACCACGAGCUGUCGACCGCGGGUUCCGAGGUCAUCGGGGACGUGGACGAAGGGGCCGACCUGCUAGGGGAGUUCUCAGUGCGCGAUGAUUUUUUUGGAAUGGGCAAGGAAGUGGGGAAUCUGCUGCUGGAGAACUCACAGCUUCUAGAAACCAAAAACGCUCUGAACGUGGUGAAGAACGACCUCAUCGCCAAGGUGGACCAGCUCUCAGGGGAGCAGGAGGUGCUGAAGGGGGACUUGGAAGCUGCCAGGCAGGCCAAACUCAGGCUGGAGAACCGUAUCAAGGACCUGGAGGAGGAGCUGAGGAGAGUGAAGUCGGAGGCCAUCGUUGCCCACCGUGAACCCAAAGAAGAGGUGGAGGAUGUAAGCAGCUAUCUCUGUACAGAAUUGGACAAGAUCCCCAUGGCGCAGCGCCGCCGCUUCACGCGCGUGGAGAUGGCUCGCGUGCUCAUGGAGCGCAACCAGUACAAGGAGCGGCUCAUGGAGCUGCAGGAGGCUGUACGGUGGACGGAGAUGAUCCGAGCAUCCCGAGAGCACCCGUCUGUCCAGGAGAAGAAGAAGUCCACCAUCUGGCAGUUCUUCAGCCGCCUCUUCAGCUCCUCCUCCAGCCCCCCUCCAGCCAAGCGGUCCUACCCCUCCGUGAACAUCCAUUACAAGUCGCCCACCACGGCCGGCUUCAGCCAGCGCCGCAAUCACGGCAUGUGCCACAUCUCCGCCGGCAGCCGGCCCCUGGAGUUCUUCCCCGAUGACGACUGCACGUCCUCCGCUCGGCGGGAGCAGAAGCGCGAGCAGUACCGCCAGGUGCGCGAGCACGUGCGCAACGACGAGGGGCGGCUGCAGGCCUGUGGCUGGAGCCUGCCGGCCAAGUACAAGCAGUUGAGUCCCAACGGGGGCCAGGAGGACACGCGGGUGAAGAACGUGCCCGUCCCCGUGUACUGCCGCCCCCUGGUGGAGAAGGACCCCACCAUGAAGCUGUGGUGUGCCGCGGGCGUCAACCUGAGCGGCUGGAAACCCAGUGAGGACGACUCUGGGAAUGGAGUCAAGCCCCCGCCGGGCCGUGACCCUCUGACCUGCGACCGGGAUGUCGAAGGAGAGACGCAGAGCAACCAUUCGUCCCCAGAGAGGAGGAAGGCCAAGGAGCUCCCCGAGGUGGAGCCCCUGUCCAGCCGCGUAUGGAUCCUCACCAGCACCCUGACCACCAGCAAAGUGGUCAUUAUCGACGCCAGCCAGCCCGGCGCCGUCGUGGACCAGUUCACCGUGUGCAACGCCCACGUGCUCUGCAUCUCCAGCAUCCCCGCGGCCAGUGACGGCGACUACCCUCCAGGGGAGAUCUUCCUGGACAGCGACCUGAACCCUGAGGACUCCGGUGCAGACGGCGUGCUGGCCGGCAUCACCCUGGUGGGCUGUGCCACCCGCUGCAACGUGCCACGCAGCGCCUGCUCCUCCCGCGGAGACACGCCGGUGCUGGACAAGGGCCAGGGGGAGGUGGCUGCUGUCGCCAACGGGAAAGUCAACCCAUCUCAGUCCACGGAGGAGGCCACGGAGGCCACGGAGGUGCCAGACUCUGGGCCCAGCGAGGCAGACGCAGGCGCCGUGCGGCCUGGGCCCCUCACGGAGCAUGUCUUCACUGACCCGGCCCCCACCCUGCCCCCCAGCGCCCAGCCUGACAGUGAAAACGGGCCGGAGGCUGACGUGAGUGGCAUGCAGCCCGAGCCGGAGCCCAGCGGGGACCCCACAGGGGCCACCAGCAGUGCUGCGCCCACCAUGUGGCUGGGAGCCCAGAAUGGCUGGCUGUACGUGCACUCGGCCGUGGCCAACUGGAAGAAGCGCCUGCACUCCAUCAAGCUGAAGGACUCCGUGCUGAGCCUGGUGCACGUGAAAGGGCGCGUGCUGGUGGCUCUGGCGGACGGGACUCUGGCCAUCUUCCACCGAGGUGAAGACGGCCAGUGGGACCUGAGCAACUAUCACCUGAUGGACCUGGGCCACCCACACCACUCCAUCCGCUGCAUGGCCGUGGUGCACGACCGUGUCUGGUGCGGCUACAAGAACAAGGUGCACGUGAUCCAGCCCAAGACCAUGCAGAUCGAGAAGUCGUUUGACGCCCACCCACGGCGGGAGAGCCAGGUGCGGCAGCUGGCGUGGAUCGGCGACGGGGUGUGGGUAUCCAUCCGCCUGGACUCCACGCUGCGGCUCUACCACGCCCACACCCACCAGCACCUGCAGGACGUGGACAUCGAGCCCUACGUCAGCAAGAUGCUGGGCACAGGCAAGCUGGGCUUCUCCUUCGUGCGCAUCACGGCCUUGCUCAUCGCGGGCAACCGCCUCUGGGUGGGCACCGGCAACGGCGUGGUCAUCUCCAUCCCUCUGACCGAGACCGUGGUCCUGCACCGAGGCCAGCUCCUCGGGCUCCGGGCCAACAAGACGUCCCCCACAUCCGGGGAGGGGGCCCGCCAGGGAGGCGUCAUCCACGUGUACGGCGACGACAGCAGCGACAAGUCGGCCAGCAGCUUCAUCCCCUACUGCUCCAUGGCCCAGGCCCAGCUCUGCUUCCACGGGCACCGGGACGCCGUCAAGUUCUUCGUCUCCGUGCCAGGCAACGUGCUGGCCACUCUCAACGGCAGCGUGCUCGACAGCCCUUCCGAGGGCCCCGGGCCCACCGCCCCCGCCGCAGACGCCGAGGCGCAGAAGCUGAGGAACGUGCUGGUGCUGAGCGGCGGGGAGGGCUACAUUGACUUCCGCAUCGGCGACGGGGAGGACGACGAGCCCGAGGAGGGGACGGGGGACGUGAGCCAGGUGAAGCCCAUGCUGUCCAAGGCCGAGCGCAGCCACAUCAUCGUGUGGCAGGUGUCCUACACGCCUGAGUGACGCUGCGGCCCCCACCACCCACCCUGCCUGCCGCCACCUGCCUCCGUGUACAUACAGCCCCGCCCGCCUGCCCACCGCCCACCCCGCAGGCCAGGCGCCCGUCCACCCCUCCUUUAACCUCUCAACCUGCAGCUUUCACCUUAGGUCCGGGCCUCCUUGCAAGCUAGCAAGAGCAGCCACGCAGGCCUGGCUGGGAGGGAGGCGGGGGAGCGGGGGGGGGGGGCGAUCUGACCAGGGAGGGACGACACCCUUGCCCAGCGGCUCCUGGCUGGCACCCAGCCCAAAGUCCCCGAGGCCCGAGGACACUUCAGGGCCAGAGCGAGGCCAACCCCCAGGAUGGCUGGGCCGGGGGAACGUCCCUACAGGGGACUCUCCGUGCCCACCAUUCACUCCCAGGACUUCUGGGGAUGGAGGGCAAGGAGGGGCCUCACGCCACUGAGUCUCCCCACCCUGCGUCCCCUUGCCUUUGCCUGCUGCCCAUGGGGUGUGGAUUCAACCCUCGGAGCCAGCCAGUCACUAGCCCUCCCUGGGCCCCCCUCCCCUGUCCCUGCCACCCUGGGACCUGGCAUGAAAGCAUGUCACCAGGCUCCCUGGGGCACCUGCUUGAGAAGACAGACAGUGCCCUCAUCCCACUGAGUCCCAUCCCGUGAUUGUCCUGUGUGGCAGGCUCUCACUGACCUGCGUCCCCCCCACCUUGUAGGAGCCGGCUCUGGAGUCCCACCCCUCCCGGAGGCCCCCAAGGGUGGGGUUUCUCAGGCUGCCAGGGCAGGCCCAGGCCUCAGGAAGAAGGGGAGGCCCCCGGCCUCUCCUGGGGUCAGUCCUUGGACGCAGGCUCAGCCUCAGGGUGACGAGGAAAGGUGUGCUCCAGGGCCUGCCUCCCGUGCAGUCUCCAAGGAGCCCAGCUCCCAGGACACGCUACUAAGUGCCUAGGGCUGGCAACCGACAAGGCCGUGAGCAGAGGCCCUAAGGGCUAGAACAGGAGCCGCUUUUGGCAGGCACAGCCCUGGACUGCCAACUCCCCACCUGCCCAAGCCUUACUCCUGUUCCUCGAGGCACCAGUCAGGGCAGCCCCAGGCCCUGCUGCCCACCCACCUCCCACCAGAGAAGCACAGAUCUUGGGCAGCCGUCCCACAAGCCCAGCUGGCCACCGCUGCAGCCCCGUGCAGCCACAGCAUUCUCCUCACCGCCCUGCCACUGUCCACUGUGAAGUGUGUCGCAUCCCCUGUCCAUUCUCACAGGGCCAGGGAGGGACUGGGGGGA